GGUAUGUAUAAUUUUUUACUUGCGAUAAACAACGUACUUUAGAGGGCAAGUUUUGGAUUCGUAAAAAAGCGAUCCAGUCAUGCCUAUUUUUUUUUUAAAUAUCUUAAAAAAUCAUAUUGAUAUUUAAACAAACAAUUGUUAGGAGACAUAUUAUAUGCCAAGGAAGCAAGGCUCAAAAAAUCCAACUGGAAAACUUCAUUCCAAGUGGGCGAAUAGUAAAAUUCGCAUUAAGUUUGUGAAGAGAACUAAGCCCAGCAGUACUACGUCCACAUCCCACAAAGAAGGCAAUACUUCCGACUCUGAUAAAGACAAUCGUGAUGAAGACGAUGAGUUAGACCAAUGUAUUGUCUGGUUAGCGAAUCAUGUUGCUCCAUGGGAAACUGUCCUUGACAACUGGAAGAAGACAAGCAACCUUCGCAUUAAAUCUCUGAAGAAUAAUGACAAAUCAUUAGGCAAAUUGCUUAAGGAUUGGCCGCGUUACAACGAUGAAUUAGGAUAUUCGUUGACAUUUUACUAA